AUGUACAAGAAAUGUGGUGGCACCAGCAGCCUCGCGGCCGCGCGCGCAGUCUUUGAUCAGAUGCCCAAGAAAGAUGUGGUGCCUUGGAGCUGCAUCAUCGCGGCCUACGUGCAGUCGGGGCAUUGCCGCGAGGCGAUCAAUCUCUUCCAGCGCAUGGAUGUGGAACCCAACGAAAUGGUGAUCGUGAGCACACUGGCUGCGUGCUCCGGUAAUCUCGCGCUGGGCAUGGCCAUCCACGCGAGAAUUUUCUUCCCGGAUCUCCGCAAGAGCGUGUUCGUCGGCACAGCACUCCUCAACAUGUAUGCCAAGUGUGGAGCGAUCGAGCAGGCCAGGGCAGUAUUUGAUCAGUUAACGCACAAGGAUCAUCUCGAUCAGGGCAGGAAGAUCCACGACGCCGUGAUCGACCUGGGCCUCCACAGCGACAUCACGAUCCAGAAUGCGCUGGUUUCGAUGUACGCGAAGGGUGGCAGCGCGGAGGAAGCACUUUUGGUGUUCCAGAGGAUGGAAGAUCGCAACAGGGUCUCGUGGAACAGCAUGAUCGCAGCCUUUGCCACGAGCGCAAAGUCUUGCACGGCGAUGUGCCUCUUCCACGGCAUGAACUUGGAAGGGAUCAAGCCCGACGACGUGAGCUUUCUGGGAGUUCUAAGUGCCUGCUCGAGCACUGGGUGCUUGCGAUCGUGCAAGCGGAUCCACUCGCAGCUGGAGCUCGCCGCGGUGCACUCUCCUCCGGAUUUGAGCGUGGAGAACUCGCUUGUCACUGCCUACGCCAGAUCUAGAGGCCGCUGA